CUUCGUUGUACGAAUCUAACGGUUCGUAGCGGUUGAAUUCCAUGGAGAACGUCGCGUGACCCGAGGACGCUAUCCUCAGUGCCGUCGAGUAGCCUAACGUCUCUGCCAGGGGGACGCAGCAGUUGAUCACCUGUAUUUCAUACGUUGUUCAAUUGUUAACUCUUCGUUACCUUACAUUCAUUUCUGGCUUUCGGGAGAGCCGUGUAGGAAUUUUAUCAGGUGUACGGAAUUGUCAGUUUGACGCGUGUCGAGUUUGACAGAUAUUCAUGAAGCGUUUACGUCGAUGCAAUGGCAUGAGUAUUUAUCCUAAUCGUCUAUAGUACAACUUUAACCCUUUCGCGACGAGUGCCGUGUAUAUACGGCAGUCACUUAUUGGUUUUUUUAUAUUAUCAUUUUAUUAUUUUAUAUCAGUAAAGUUUAUUCUGUUCCUAGAAAAGUGAAUAUUCGUUUCGCCAGCACUGCAGCUGGCUUCGUCAGGAAGCUAAAGGCAUCAGUAUCAGUCUUUAGCUGCAAUGCUGGCGAAACGUUGGGACAAAAUUCCCAGUUCUCCCAGUUCUCUCCCAAAAACUAGAAACGUAACGAUCCAGGUGAAAGCAUCGAAACUACUCUUGGUUACCUUGUUCUCGCCGCGAACAUCGAAACUGUGAAUUUCUGCUCGCCUCUUCCGGAGGUCCGCCAUGACAGCCCCCGCGUACUCGGCCUCCACCACCACUUCCAGCUGCAUUAUCGGCUCCAGCAGUAGGAUCGUGCUGGCGUGCAUCAACUGGACAGACACAUAGACGUUUCGUCAGUGUGGAACUACCACGUUCAUAGGGAUAGGGGAUAUUUCUAAGGGAAAAGUUGACUGGCGUCGCGUGAACCGAUCGCCGUUUCGAAACUCUCCAGCGACGUAGUCUGCGAACAAGAAGCGUGGAUUCGAGUCGACGUUCCCCGGUGUCGAGAGUGAAUCUCGUGGUUCAAUGGUUGCUGGGUAUGUCUCGCUACUGUACAGCGUCGGCGAGAAGCCGCUAGAGUACUGGAGCAAGCGCCAGUCGCAGUCGGGUCGCAUUCGCAAGAUCCUUGAUUCGGAUCUGCUGGAGAAUGUCAUCGAAGUGCAGGACCUAGAGCAACCGGACGACUACGGCACCUCGAUCCUCUGCCCGUCCGAUUCGUCAAGGUUCCUCAGUAUUGAACUGCCGGUCCUCGUCGUCGUCAUCAAGAACCUGAACUCGCACUGCCGCUUGCAAGUGCAGGUAGUGGACACACAGAGCUGCCUGCACCACUUCCAGUUCACCAACGCGGAGUCGGAAAGGUACAACUCCAAGGGCGUGAUAUGUCGCGUGAGGGUGAAACUGGAGGCCGGAUGGAACAAGUUAGAACUGGACCUGUCGCAGUUAACUCAAGCCGCCUUCAACAGCACCUACGCUGCCACUCAGAGACUGCAAAUCUGCGGCAACUGCCGCCUGCGUAGGGUCUACUUCAUAGACAAGCACUACGAGCACCAGGAGGUCUGCUCCGAGCUGUACCACAGCUUCCUCGACGCUUACAUGUUGAAGUGGGGUAUUCGUGGCGUCGAGAGGUCGACCCAGACCAACGUCAAGAGAACCAAAAGCAGAUUCAGGGAGGCUAGCAAUCAGAAGGGCACGUCGAAGCACGUCAGCGGCGACAACGUCAGCUCAGAGGACAGCAACGACAGCAAAGGCACCAAGAGGAAACUCGAGGAGAGUUUCCUGAGGAACUUGCAGAUCAAGAGCGACAUUCUGAUCAACGACUUCUUCGACCGACAAGGCAAGCUACCCCGGACGUCAGAGUUCAAGCGGCACGCCAAGUUGAAACGCUAUGCUCUGCCAUUGAUGAACGCUAGAUCUAAACGCCAGGACACUAGUCUUUCGGAGGACGUGUUCAAGAAGUUCAGUGUCCCUAAAACGUUCACAGACACCUGCAUACAUAGCGAAGAGGAGAACGCUAUGAGAGCCAUGCAAGAGAAAUGGCACGACAGGUACUUGUUGCGUGAAGAGACGAAAACCGGCGACAAGCGGAACAUGAAAAGGACCAUGCUGGAUCAAAAGCCGAGGUCUAUGCUGAUUUUGUCAGAGGUGAAAGCUGGAAACGAAAACAGGCAUUUAGGAGUAUAGAAGAAUGUAGUUGAGACGGUGGAGCAUGAAAGGAACGUUAUUGUAAAGUAUGAUGAUGUCAAAUAAUGAAUAAAAGUACCUUCCUGAUAGCUUGAGACACAGCUGCGGUGAUAAUUGUUGUUGGAGUGGCAGGUUUAAACUCCAACCAAUGUAACUUGACUCCCAUGUUUAUAACAGGGUAACUUAGCUUAGGCCCAUGCAACAGAACCGAUUUUACACCCUUCUCUACUGCUUUCAUUACUUUCAGUGAUAUAGCGCUUAUGUUUGAACAGGAUUCUGGUGAUUUGUCUAGCAGCAGAGUUCGGGCUUCCUUGUAGUUUGGUAUUAAUGAUAUAGUGAGCGUGACUGCAUAGUUAUACUUCCCUAUUGCGUACUCUGUAGUGAAAGUGUCUCUAACGGGGUCUACUAUUGUCUCUCUGUAGGCAAUUUGCAGUGGGCCAAUAUCUGCGUCGAUUUUGAACUCUGAUCGAAUUCUUUCUUUGAUGAUUUCUAUGUGCAGUUCGCCCAUGCCAGCGAGGAUAGUCUGCCCAGUCUCCUCGUCUAGAGUUACCUUUAAACCUGCAUCUUCCCUUUCCAGUUGCUUCAGAGCAGACUCCAAAGCUACCUGAUAAGAGAGAGAUGGCGCUUCAAUUGCACAGAAGAAAACAUGCUCUAACGCUGAGUUCGAAUCGAAGAAGUUGUUUAUCUCUUCUGGUGUGAUAUUUGUAUUUGAUUCGAGCUUUUCUCGUGCUCUGUUGACUGCUAAUGCGUUGGUUACUAUUAGGUCACCGGUUGUGGUAGUUUUGAGUCCUGCAGCUGCUGCAAUGUUGCCAUUAGUAAUCUUUAAUACCUCUUGGUAAUCAUCCGCACAAGCAGUGUAUAAUUUAGUGACCUGUUCGGAUGUUUCUUUCUGAACAUUAUACACUUUGUCAUUUUUCUUCAUUUCUCCAGUGUAAAUUCUGAAGAAAGUAAGAGCUCCUCUUUGCUUAUCGUGCACUACUUUAAAUGCUCUGGCAGACAAAUGAUUAUCAAAGGAUUUAUAAUAUUUGAAGUAUUUACUCUGAUCAGGAGAUGGUAGAUACAAGAGGACG